GCAAGGAAUACGAUAAAUUUCAGAUAACUUAAAAACAUGGCUGUUAUUCACUUCUUUACUAUAACAAUAGUAUUGUUCUCGGCUUCAGAUUGUUUUAAAACAAAGAAAAGAUUUCUUGCCUACAACCCAGCAGACCUUUCCACGGCACUGGGAUACCAAAAUCACCAAAUACAUGAUUUAACGUCACUUGUAAAUGAAGCCAGCGGCACGGCUCACGCAAUCGGAAGUGGGAAAAAUGGACAGGCGUCAUACAACGUUCCAAAUUUUCCAGCAAUGGGACAAAAUCAAGUUCAGUUACAAACGGGAAGUCUCGGUGGUGCAUCUGUCGGAAGUAGCCCGAUCGUUUCCGGUUCAAGUGCAAGUGGUUCCCAAUUCUCAAGUUUGGGCGGAACUGGAUCGGCCUCCUUUUCGGGGACCAAUCAGUGGCGCUGCGAUGCACACGUGAUAGAAUCAUGUGACUCGCAAUGUAUGGACGUCGAUCCAAAAGAUGGGUGUCCUUUCUGUAUCUCGGGCUGUCAUCCGGCUUCAGGAGGAGGAGCGUCUUCAUUCGGAGGACAAGGCGUUCAAUCAAAUGGCUUGUCUCAAGGUCAAGGAACGCCUAGCAGUGGGAGUCAAUCAGGAAAUCUUUUGCAGAAUCAAGGAACGCCGAAUGUUGUAACCAACCAGUCAGGAGGUUUAUCACAAAAUCCUGGAAAGCUAGCUGGCGGGUAUGGCCAAUCAGGGAACUUACAAGUAGGACAAAAUUUUGGGACAUUGACUGGCACCGCUGGCCAAUCAGGUACAGGUUUAGGGGGCAGUUUGAUGCAACAACCAUCUGGCUUGGCUGGCACGGGCGGAAACCAAGGCACUCAAGCAAAACAAGGGACAACCGGGGCUGCCAUUACAGCUUCAGGAAUUUUUGCAGUAACGAAUCCUGCUUGCCCGCAUUUCCCAUCAAACUGCCCUCAAGUAUAUACAGCUAUAGACCGAAGCGGAUGUCUUAUAUGCACAAUUCUGUCACAAAUUUCGCAAGCGACGAAUGUUCCAUUAUCCACAACUACACUUCCAGUAUCUACUAGAACAUGCGCGCCAAAACGCUGUGUACCUCCAUGUGACAAAGGAAUAGUUCUUGACUCAAGCGGAUGUCCACAGUGCCUUUGCCCUGCACAUGUGUGAAUUAACUGAAUUAAAAAUAACACAAGGACUUCGGACACUUUCUAUAUGAAUUUGCCUACUCCAAGAGUGAAAAAUAAACUACUAAGAAAUAAGUAUUUAAUUACAUAUGCCAUCAAAAUACAUAAUUGCGAUUAUUUCUUAAAGUCAAAUUUUCAAUAUUUGUUUUAUAGAACAGUGAUUUUUGUUCUAAAUAGAAUUACGUACCCUGUUAUAUAGAUAUAAGAAGUGUUUUGUCUUAUACAACAUUGUUCCCAGCCGUGCAUCAAAACCAUAUUUGGCCAGCAUAUGUAGAUAUUAAUUAUACACAUUUUCUGUGACUAUUGUGUUGAUGCAAGGGGUGGAACAGUACUUUUAAACAAAAAAUAUAACUACAGGGUGUUCCCAAAUGUAAAGUAACCAAUACUUUUUAUAUUCAUUUUUUAAUAAAUUGAUAGUCACAUAUUUUUACAUCUGUUUGUAACUCAAAUACUAUACAAA